UUAAUCCCAGAGUGCUCCACUGACGUCUCUCAAGUAGCUACUCUGCUGAAUGCUGGAUCGAGUUACAAGGUGUGUUCGCUACCUGACACUCCUUGUGGAUACAGUAGAAAGUUGCUGCAAAUACAUUGUAUUGGCUGAAAGUGUACAGCGAUUUACUCUAAGAACAUUUUGUGUGGGUUGUGGAUGUGGUGUAACAAUGGCAGCUGUUAGACCACAUUCAUUUCGCACUGGAGGUUUGGCCCGGACCAGAUCUGAAGGGACAUUGAUUGAUUUGGAUGAUGAAGGACCCUUCAACAACAACAUUUUGAAAGGAAGUAAUAUUGAUGGGUCUCAGGCAGGAAAUUAUUUAGACUGGCUUAUUUUAAAGGCCGAUGAUAAACCUGCCACCCAGAGCUCCAACCCAUUUUGGAAAGGACUGUCAGGCUCAAACCCGUUCCUGGAUGAUAUUGUCCAUUCAAGUGAAAAUGAGAAAGCAAAUGCACAUGUGUCUAUAUUGAAAGAGGAUCCCUUUGCAAUAUUUGGUGAUGACAAAACAGAGUCAAUCGGCUCUUCGUCUGAUGAAAUGGAUGUCAAUCAUCUGCUGAAUUUUCAAACAGCCAACUCAAAGUCCGGAAGGUGCAAAAGCACUUCUGAUCUCUUGGAUAUCCGAAACGAAAAAGAAACCCCUAAAAAAAGCAACAUUGCUGCAAGCCAGUUUUUGACUCCAGAUUUUAAGUGGCUUCAGAAUGACAAAGAAGCAUACAAAAUGGCGUGGCUGAGCCACAGGCAGCUCACUAGAUCAUGCCUUGAUUUGGGCAUGAUAAGUCAGAGCCCUGGUUGGGCUCAGACCCAGGCUGCAGAGACACAUGUAGUCUGUAAGGUUGAUCAUAAUGGAGGGUCUGUACAGUUACCUGACUCUGAUAUCUGCGCCCAUAUACCUCUAGGGCAUGUUGCACCAGGAGAAACUCAGGAAAUUUCCUUAAAGGCUGUUCUUGAUCCACCGCAAGGACUAAACAAUGAUUAUUCAACAACAGUGAGCCCGCUAUUGGAAGUCAGAGUCAGCAACCUCAGAACAAAGGAAUGUAUUUCAUUAGAGAUGAAAAUUGCUGCUGAGAUCAGGAAUGACCCAUUGAGCCAAGUCAUGACUGACAUUGUCUGUCUGUGUGGCCAAAAAAAAGAAGGACCCUAUGAAAAGAUGCAGAACUGUUACAUUUAUAAAGACACAUUGCAAGUGAAGUUGGAAACAUUAAGCCCAUGUAUGUAUAUUAUUGCAGCAGCAAAAGCAACAUGCCUUCAGCCUCCAGCUUUGUCAGUUUGGGAUUACAUCUCUAAACAAAUCACAAUUGGAGUUUAUGGUCCAAAGCACAUCCACCCAUCUUUUACAGCAGUAUGUGCAGUUUUCAGUCAUAAUCAAACACCGGAAAAACUUGCCGUCUCUGACAUGAAAAAGGCUCACAGAAAUUUGCCACCAGUUGUGCUGCAGCUUUGGGGGAAGAAUCAGUUCCAUCUUCAAAAACUCCAAGAUUUGCAGAUUGAAGCUUUUCCACUUGAUUCUAAAUUUGAAGUCAAAGCCACAGAACAAAUUAAACAGAUAAAACUUGUGCAGUUAAAAAUGGGCAGAGUGCUUCGUCCCCAGUUUCCGUUGUCUAUGGCUGGCACAGGAGAACAUGGCUCCUUUAACCUGGCCGUCCAAGUAAAAAAUUUAAACCAUGAAGUUUUGGUGCAGUUCAGUGUGAAAACCCCUGGUGCUACACCAAAAUCUGCUGACAAAUACCAGCAGAGACGCUUUCAGAGACGAAAAGAGGUUGGACGAUCUGCUCCUAUACCUGAGAUAACAGUUUUAAAAUGCCCUAAGUUUCAGGAUAGGACAGUUAAUAUAUCACGCUAUGGGAUUGCCUUGAAAUCUGUGCUUAGGCAGCCAAAGAUUGAAUACUUAUUGGAGUAUUUCAAAGGAGAUACAAUUGCACUUCUUGGGUUAGAAAAGGUGAAAGCAAUAGGACUAACCAAAGUGAAAGAGUGGUACAUUGGAUUUCUGCGAGGGAAGGUUGGUCUUGUGCAUUGUAAAAAUGUCAAGGUAAUUUCAAAAGAUCAAGUCAUUGACUUUACUGACGUGACACUCGGUACCAAAGUUCUCCUUGAUCAAAUCGUACUUCCAUUUAAGAAGCUGACAUAUAUGUACUCUGCAAUCCAGUCUCUGUGUACUGAGCAAAUCCCUAGCUGGAAGGCCUUUGCUGAAGCACUCGGGUACCCUUGUUUGUCGCUUGAAGACAUUAGCAGAACCCAGGCACAAAGUGAAGCAGACAAAGUGGCUUGCGUUCUAGAGAAGUUGAAAGAAGACUGUCAUUCAGAUAAAUUCAAGAGGAAAUUCCAGCAUGAGCUUCUAACUGCACUUUUAAAGAUAGAUUGUCAAGGACUUGUUGCGCGUCUUACUCAAAACACAGUCAUCCUGACAACUGCUGUAGAGCUUGGAAUCCGAUGGAGGGAGCUUGCUGAAAAAGCAUCAAGACUAACAAAAGCUCAGAUUGAUGGUUACGAAGCACCUCACAAGGGGAAGAAUGGAGAAGUUGGCACUGAGGCAAUGUGGAAACCUGCUUACGACUUUAUAUAUACAUGGAGCUCACAUUAUGGAGAUGGAUACAGGGAUGUGUUACAGGAUCUGCACUUGGCAUUAGACAAAAUGAAAAGCCCCAUCACCAGGCAUUGGAGACAGCUCACAGGAGUGCUUAUUUUAGUGAACUGCAUGGACAUACUUAGGGCUAACGCUUUCCCCACAACCGAUGAGGAACAGAAACAUCUUCAAUAAACACACCCUUCCCUUAUUGUAGGGUGGUGUACAGCAGGCUGGGAUUAUUGUUACAACUUUUUUGGUAAGGUUUUUGAGAGAUAGAAAUUGUUUGGGAGGGGAACAAAUAUUUAUUAAAAAUAGCAUUUUUAUUUUAUAUAUUUAUUUUUUCACAGAAAUGAUAAGCAAAAAUAUGUGUUGAGCUAUGUGUCAUUAAUAUGUAAUUUUGCGAGUUAAUGGGUCAAUAAGUCAUUUUAUGUAUAGUAAUCACAAAAAACAAUAACCAUGUAAAUAACCACCAAAACAUCUUAGAAUGAAACACACGCACGCACACACACACACACACACACACUCUCUUUGGUAACAUAACUGAUGUCGGCUGAGACUUUUCCAAAUAAAUCAAUUUCAUGCUUAGUGACCACAGCCGUAAGGACUUUCAGCUCACCCUCAGAAAACUUUUCUUUUCUGUACACCAAGAGGACUUUGCUGCCAUUUUUUGGUUUGGUUUGAUUUUCGUGCUCCACAAAUCUCAUACAGCGGCUCUCUGUGCUCCAAACUCGCCUCACCUCUGGGCUGUAAGUGCAGCUGCUAAAAUUGCGACCCUCAUUAUCAUGAUUGCAGAUCAUUAUUUGUGCGUGUUGAGUAAUGUGCAUUGCUCUUAAGCUUACACAGGCCACAGUGCAAAAUAAUUGCCUGGCCGCUAGUCAAUUUGGAUUUUGCAGCUGCAAUUGUUUGCACUGCACCUAUCCUUACAUCAGCCCCUAUGUGCGGAAACCCUAUAACCCAAUAAAUACAGUAUAUACUUUAACGAGAACUAAUGGAGUAUGCAUUAACUACAGCCUUACAUUUUAAGUGUAAUGUUAAUUUGAACUACUCUACAAAAACUUGGUCUUAUUUAGUCCUGCCUUAAUAAUAUGAUGAGAGCGAGAAGUUGCUACUCUCGAUGUAGUUAGCUAUUGCGUUCACCAAGUCUCCUCACAGUAGCACUAGAAAGCUUAUGUUAUAAAAAAAAAACUGUCUGUUAAAUACAAUAUUCUAGAUUGUAGUACAGCUGACUAUUUACAGUAAUAUAUACUGUAUGCUCUUGAUGUAUUUUUAUUUUAGACAUGAAGGAAAUGCAAAUGGUAAGUACAGCUCAACAGAACAUGUCAGAUUAAAAGGUGUGAUUAAUUGAUCAAUAGAAAAUGCCAAUAGUCAUAUAUACAGCAGAAACCCAUUACUUCAAACCCCUUUGAUCCGAAUCACCUUAUUAACCACACUGCAAGCGUGUCCCUAUUCAAAAUAGCUUAAAAACUAAAAAGGACAGUGCUUACUCUAGCUGAAAAGGUAUUGAAUGGCUGGAAAAGAUUGAACGUGCUGUUCAACUUGGUAAAGUAUGGCGUGGGAAAGUCAGCCAUUACUGACACAAAAACUGUAAAACACAAAAUAGAAAUUCUCGCGUACCAUGGAAUCAAGCAUCGCCACAGCACUGCGAGAACUCUGCGACUGUCAAGACAACGCGAGAGAAAAAGCUUGUACAUGUGGUUCAUGCAAGACAGGAAAAGGGGUACUCUGAUUUCAGGACCAGUGCUUAAAGAGAAAGCAUUGAAAUUCCAUAGUCGACUACAUCCAGAGGACACGUUUUAAAGCUAGUGAUGGAUGGCUGUACAGAUUUUCUUUUUAAAGACACGGCAUCGGGCAGCUUUGCUUAGCAGGGGAAAAACUGUUCGUCAGAAAACACUUCAGUGUAACACUAAGGAAACACAGUGUUUGGGGCUAUGAGAGAAUGUUAAUGUUUAAAUAAACCUUUAGAGUGCAAUAUAUGUACAUGUAUUGUUGUUUUUUUUGUAAACUUGCGUUCAACCGAAUGUUCAUUUCUACUAACUAUUUCUAUGUCCCCCAAGUUAUUCGGAUGACCAAGCUUUUACUGUAUUUCAUUUUAAUUUAUGUUUUUAAUAUGAACAUAUUAAAUCUAAUUAUAUUUAUCCCACAGAACAGUCUUCUUGUACUAAAAGUAACAGAACUGUUGUUGAACUUCUGUUUGUAUGUAAUUAUAUAUAUUAGUCCCUCCAGGAUUCCGCUAUUGUGGAAAAAAUCACGGAAUUUGCUCUCGCAGAAUUUUCAAUUUUUUGCAAAAAAAGCAAAAACUCAAACAUUUGCUCCCUACUAUCACUGUACAUGUCACUAGAGCACAUACAUGCUAUUUGUAUAGAGAGAAGUGUGGCGGGGUUCCAGUGCAAGCUUUAGUUCAGCCAUUGGUGAGCUCCGGAAACAAAUCUAAAUUAGCACCAAAUAUAACGGCAAAAGAUAGGGCACAAAUGCAAAAUGCAAGUCCAGUAUUUCCAAUAACUCACCGUCAUAGCGUCUGUUAAAAUGGCAGAAGACCAUGACAACGACCAUGGAUAGACACAGUGGCUACUGAAGAAUGAAAUAAGAUAAGAUGAUGAUUAUUAUUAUUAUUAUUAUUAUUAUUAUUAUUAUUAUUAUUAUUAUUAUUAUUAUUAUUAUUAUUUUACAAAAGGAUUUCAUAGUUUAGUUCGAAGUGAAGCAUUGUUCUGUUAUUCCUAUGUGAAAGGUCAGAAAAACAAUUAGGACCUUGCUUGUACUCCCUAUGUUUCAGGCCCUGAACGAUGUCAUUCUAAUUGUAUAUGGAAAUACACACGUUUUUUGUACAUGGUGUAGUAACAUGAAUGCUCAAAAAGGAAGGGUGCGGCUAACUAUAUUAGAUAUAAUCCAAUUACUUGGGAUGACAAAUCCACUUUUUUUUUUUUUAAAUCAUUACUUUCCUGUUUGUUUUGUGGUAUGUGAUUGUAGCACUUUCACAUUGUGGCCUUGGUCAAAGAAACAAAAAAUCUAGUUUAUCAGCUGCCACUGUUUCCAAGUGCUUGUCACAGCUUCCAAACUAUUUCUAUGUGCUGUAUAGAUGUGGAUAAGUUUUAAAAUUACAACAUUUUGGUGAACAACACAUGUUUCUAAAAAAUACCCUGUUACAUUUGUACAAAAUUGCAUUUGUAAAAUGUACCAAUGCUAAUUUGAAUUCCAGUGCACCACUACAAUUUUACUCUGCAAGGCAAAUAAGAACAUAAGAAAGUUUACAAGCGAGAGGAGGCCAUUCGGCCCAUCUUGCUCGUUUGGUUGUUAGUAGCUUAUUGAUCACAGAAUCUCAUCAAGCAGCUUCUUGAAGGAUCCCAGGGUGUCAGCUUCAACAACAUUACUGGGGAAUUGGUACCAGAUUACCACGAUUCUCUGUGUAAAAACGUGCCUCCUAUUUUCUGUUCUGAAUACCCCUUUAUCUAAUCUCCACUUGUGACCCCUGGUCCUUGUUUCUAUUUUCAUGUCGAAAAAGUCCCUUGUGUUGACAUAGUCUAUACCUUUUAGAAUUUUGAAUGCUUGAAUCAGAUCUCCGCGUAGUCUUG